GAAAACAAAAUAUUCCGUUGCCGGGACUCGAACCCGGGUCUCUCGGGUGAGAGCCGAGUAUCCUAACCAUCUAGACUACAACGGAAUGUUGCGUUUCUUCAGAAUUCAGAUGAUCCUUUUACGUGGUUGGCUGUGCCAAGUCCUCGUCAACGUCGAUGAUCAACAAUCUCAUAUAAACGACAGAAGACGUUUUUGUCCAAUCAAUUUGUGUUUUUUGCUGUAAUGUCAACAAUGGAGUGCAGAUCUCUGGAGAUAACGGUGGCGUCGGCGAAAGGACUGAAAAAGGUCAAACACCUCUCGAAGAUGGAUGUUUACGUGACGGUGAAGCUAUCCGGCGACCCAGCUUACACCGGCCAACUCGAGCAUCGCACCCACGUGGCUAAAGAUGGCGGAACCAGCCCCACGUGGUCUAACUCCGCCUUCACCUUCACCAUCCGCGAAGCCCUCGCUAAUGCCAACCGACUCGUUAUCACCUUCAAGAUCACUUGCGACCGCAGCAACAAGGACAUCGGCGAGGCCCAUGUUCCGGUCAGAGACCUUCUCGACCAUGUCGGAGCCGACAAGGCCGGUCAGAGGUACAUCACCUACAAGGUCAAGAAGCCCAACGGCAAACCACGAGGCGAGAUUAACUUCUUCUACAGGUUCGGUGGUCAGAUGACCAGAACUGGCGGCGCCGGAGGGUUUGCAGUCCACGCGCCGCCGCUGCCGACGCAUAACCCUGCACCGUAUCCCUGGCCACGUGCACCGGCACUGGCGCAGUUGCUGCCGAGUUGGGGAUCGUUCAGCUACCACGGCUGCUCUCCUUCUCCACCGCCGAGUUAUAGCUACCACACCGUGGCUCCGCCGCAUAUGCCGCCAGCUGGAUAUCCGACCGUAGCUCGGCCGAUGGGAUAUCAGGCAGAAGGUCCACCUGCUGGAUACCCUCCGGUCGAUCCACCGCAGGUUCCACCGGUUGUAUACCCUCCGAGGGGCGCAUAUGGAUUUUGACCCCGUCGAGGAUGUGGGCCCUACGUGGCAUAUCUCAAGUUGUAAUUUCGUUGUCUACUUUGAUUUUGUCAAAUUAAUAUCCUUUGGUUCCCAUGGGCUGUAUUUCACGUUAACAAUCUUUUUUUUUUUUGUAAAAACAAACGUUGAUUGCUAUUAUUUCCCUUUACUAGUGA